AUGUGCACCCAGGAUCGCUUGGAGCUUUUGGCCAGGACCUUCGCGGUCAUCGCGCUGAAGGCGGCCGAGGGCGGGCUGCGCUUCCAAGACGGGUCCGCUCCCGACCCUGGGGCCCUCGCCGACGUGCCCGCCCUCGAGCGCCCCCCGCCGCCUCCGGGGCCUCGGGCCGCCCACCCCGGGGCCGCUCGGGCCUCGAUCCCGGUGGCGUACGCGCUCUACGCGGCGGUGAUGUUUCUGGCGUUCGUGAUCCUCAGCCUGAUACCGCUAUCGCAGCUCGGGCCCACGAUGGAUGGCAUGGCCAAGCAGAGCUCAGGCCCCCCGGCGGCCGAGAGCGGCCCCGGGGGAAGAGCGGCGCAGCGGUCCGAUAUGGCGCCCGCGGCGAAGAAGGCCGCCGCGAAGGCGAAGGCCGACGCCUCACAGACGUCGAAGCAGGGCUUCUCGAGCCUCUUCGGCCGCAAGCCAGGAGCCGCCGAUGGAGCCCCCGCGGCGCCGCCGCCCGAGGCCGCCGCCGCGGCGCCGGCGAUGGCGGCGCAGCCAGCGCCCCCGUGUGCGCCAGUGCCGCCGUCGGGCGCAGGCCCCGCGGCCGCCGCGGCGGCGGGGGCAGCCGCGGCGGCGGCUGGCGUCCCCGCGCCUGCAGCCACCGCAGGUGUGUCACAGCUCACCGAGGAGCAGAAGUCCCGCAUCGAGGAGAACAGGCGCAGGGCCGAGGAGAGGCGCGCGGCGAAGAAGCGCGCGCUGGAGCCGGGCGCCCCGGAGGCGCCGCCGCCGCAGCAGUCCCCGCCGCCGCAGGCGCCCUCCCCGGAGGCGAAGGCCAAGGCCAAGGCCAAGGCGAAGACGAAGGCCAAGGCCAAGGCCAAGGCGAAGGCGGAGGGCUCCGAGCCGGUUGGCGCCGACGCCGCAGCGUCUCCCCCGAAGUCGGACGCAUCGCCCCACCUCGCGGUGGAGACGCCGGAGAAGACGCCGCCGGGCGGCAAGGCGGUCAGGCCCGCCGCGCCGCCAGCGCACGCCGCCGCAGGAGGCGGCGGCAAGUUCGCCGCCAUCGGCGGCGCUUGGGGGCAGUUCAACGACGUGUAUCGCUGGCGCCUGCAGCACCUGCGCGGCCCGGUGCUGCAGGAGGCCCGCAAGCUGUGGGGCGGCAUGCUCCCGCCGCAAAGCUUCGCCCCCGACAUCGGAGGCUACAAGAGGGGCGUCGAGGGACAAGAGGCGGUGAUUGUCGGCGUAGCGUUCAAGGAUUUGAAGAGCCGCACCGACGUCAUCAAGAUGUACCAAGACGCCAUAGGGUUCGGCCACAUAUCCGAUAAGGAGACGCUGCACCUCGGCCAGAGCAUCUGCAGCGACGAGGACAGCGUCUGGCUCGAGGACAGCGCCAUGAGGGUGCAGCUGGCGCUCCCGCCCGAGGAGGCCGGCAGGAUCGCCACCGGCGUGGUGCUGGCGGCCCGCGGCGCGGCGACGCCGGAGGGGCUGUUCCGGCCGACCGCGCUGUGCUGCGCAUCCGUGCCGGCGCCGCCGCCCCUUCCGGCGAUGGCGGCCGACCCGGCGCCGGGGCCAUUCCUCGCGCUGGUCUCGGGGCUCGGGUUCGGGGACAAGGAGGCCGAGUCGACGGGCCUCGCCGCCGCGCGCGAGCGGUUGCGGGGGCUCUUUGCUUCGGAGGACGGCCAGGCGCCCCCCGGCGCCGUGCAGAAGCUCAUCGUCUGCGGCGGCCUCGUGCGGGCCGACUUCCGAGAGAAGGGCAGCGUCGUCGCGGCCAUGGCGGAGGCCGACGCGGCCUUCGCAAAGAUCGCGGCGAUCGUGCCGACAGAGGUCGCACGAGGAGGGCUGCACGUAUCACCUUGGAGUCGUGGCCGACGAGGUCAUGCCUGGCUACGGGGACCCCUCGAACCUCAGCUUGCCCCAGAUGCCGCUGCACCCGCACCUCUUCAGGCAGUCGCGGCAGCUGGGGAGCGCGGCCUUCCGGUCCGUGAGCAACCCGCUCGAAUGCGAGUUGGACCCGCUUCAGGGGCAGCGUCAGUGAUCGUAUUCGCUGAGGCAAGAUGCUCUCGUCUCGGCGAUUCUGGCGGGAUGUGGAUUUCCUGGGUGGCCGAAAGGCUACCACCAGCACCCGAAUCUCGGAUCAUCAUCUGCCGGUGGAGGCAGCACCAGGGAUAUUGA